AGCGGACGGAGGGGCCGGCGGCGGCGGGGCCGGAGCGAUCAGGGGUUUGGCGGCCUCACCUGUCCCCAUUCACCGGCGGCGACCGGCGGCGGCAGGCAGCGCGUCAGGCGGAGGGAGCCGCCGCCAGUGUUUUAAAGUGGCUACCAGAAAGUGGAAGAUUGCAUGUGACUCGCAUUAUUUUCUAGGUGGUCAGCACUGGUGUGACUCUAGACGGAAUGAAUCUGAAGUCUGCUGCAAUAAAACACUGAAGGCUUUAAAAUGUUUUCUUGCAUAAAACUCAAACUUUAAGUAGCUGCUUAUGAGGAUAGGGAAGGGAGGAAGCUAAUGUCUGUCUCAAGAUACAGGACAGCUGUUUGCUCAUCAACCUCAACUGUGUGUGCAACAGAGGAACAUGGCUCAAGAAACUAAUCACAGCCAAGUGCCUAUGCUUUGUUCCACUGGCUGCGGAUUUUAUGGAAACCCUCGUACGAAUGGCAUGUGUUCAGUGUGCUAUAAAGAACAUCUUCAAAGACAGAAUAGUAGUAAUGGUAGAAUAAGUCCACCUGAUAAGGUGCCAGCCCGCCCAGGGCACAGAGUCACUAACGUGCGAUGUGGUCCUGUUGCAGCGCCUUCUGUCACAAGUCUGUCUGAGUCCUUACCAGUCCAGUGCACAGACGGUAGUGUCCCAGAGGCUCAGUCAGCGCUAGACUCAACAGCUUCAUCUAUGCAGCCAAGCCCUGUGUCAAAUCAGUCACUUUUAUCAGAAUCUGUAGCGUCUUCCCAAGUGGACAGUACAUCUGUGGACAAAGCAAUACCUGAAACAGAAGACCUGCAAGCUUCCAUAUCAGAAACGGCACAGCAGGCAUCUGAAGAGCAAAGCAAGUCUCUUGAAAAACCAAAACAGAAAAAGAAUCGCUGUUUCAUGUGCAGAAAGAAAGUGGGACUUACUGGGUUUGAAUGCCGGUGUGGAAAUGUUUACUGUGGUGUACACCGUUACUCAGAUGUACACAAUUGCUCUUACAAUUACAAAGCUGAUGCUGCUGAGAAAAUCAGAAAAGAAAAUCCAGUAGUUGUUGGUGAAAAGAUCCAGAAGAUUUGAACUCCUGAUGGAAUACAAAAUCCUUUGACCAUCUGCAAACUAAAAACUGACUUGAGGUUUUUUUUCCUAGUCAUUGGGAAUGUAGAGCAAUGUAUCUUGCAUAGACCUUUAAUCAUACAUGUCAUCAGAAGAAUAGAUUUUUGUUUUUGUUUUGAAAAUGACUCUGAACAUUUAUUUCCAUUGCAGUUUCUGUGGCUGAAAAAAGUAAACUUUACGAGUAUUAUCCUUUUAAGAUCAUUUUAAUUUUAGUUGAGUGCAGAGGGCUUUUAUAACAAAUGUGGAGAAAUUUUGGAGGGCUGUGAUUUUUCCCAGUAUUAAACAUGCAUGCUUUAAUCUUGCAGUUUAUUUUCUCAUUGUGUAUGUAUAUAUAGCUUUUCUCUGCAGCACGAUUUCUGUUUUGAUAAUGUCCUUUAGGGCACAGCUAGUUACCAGUAACUGAAUGUAUCUUAAUCAUUAUGGCUGCUUCUGUUUUUCCUUAACAAAGGUUAUACAUAUGUUAGCAUAUAGUUUCUUUGCACCCACUAUUUAUGUCUGAAUCAUUUGUCACAGGAGAGUGUGUGCUGAUGAGAUUCUAAGUUUGUGUGUUUUUAAGUUUUUUUGAGCGAGGGAAGGAAAAGCUGUACGCAUUUCAUUGCUGACUGCAGGUUUCUUUCAGAUGAUGUUCAUCGGUCUGUGUGUAUACAAUAUGAAGAAUGAUCUGAAGUAAUUGUGCUGUAUUUAUGUUUAUCCUCCAGUCUUUGAUUAAAUAAAAAGGAAAACCAUAACGUUUCCUUGU